AUGUGGACAAGAACAUCUGGCCUGCGAGGUCGCUACCUCCACUGGGCCAUUACCUUUACUUCCGUUGUCGGUUUCUCUCUCUUCGGAUAUGAUCAGGGUUUGAUGUCCGGUAUCAUCUCGGGUACCGAAUUCGACAAUGAGUUCCCUCCUCUUGCUGGUGAUGGUGCACACACCCAAGUCCUUCGUGGUGCUGUGACCUCCUGUUACGAACUUGGUUGCUUCUUCGGUGCCAUCUUCACCCUCAUGUACGGUGAGCGCAUCGGCCGAACUCCUAUCCUGGUUGGCGGUGGUAUCCUCAUGAUCAUCGGCACUGUCAUCUCCGUUGCCUCGUUCGGUCCCCAAUGGGGUCUGGGCCAAUUUGUUAUUGGUCGUGUCAUUUCCGGUCUUGGAAACGGUGCCGAUACCGCCACCAUUCCUGUCUGGCAGUCCGAGUGCUCACACGCUCACAACCGUGGUUUCCUCGUCUGCUUCGAGGGUGCCAUUAUCGCCGUCGGUACCUUCAUUGCCUACUGGCUCGAUUUUGGUCUCUCCUACGUCGACUCCUCCGUCGCUUGGCGAUUCCCCGUUGCCUUCCAGAUUCUGUUUGCUAUCCUGGUCAGCGUUGGUGCUCUGAUGCUACCCGAGUCUCCUCGUUGGUUCAUCAUCCAGGGUAAGGAGAAGGAGGCCUGCGAGGUUCUGGCCGCUCUUCACGAUAGUACCCCCGAUGGCGAGGAUGUGGUCACCGACAUCGCCCUUAUGAAGGCCGAUCUUAUGGCCAUGAAUGGUGCUAAGGCCGGCUGGAAGACUCUCUUCACCUUUGGCAAGACUCAGGAAUUCCAGCGUAUGAUGAUUGGUUGCUCUGGACAGUUCUUCCAGCAGUUCACUGGUUGCAAUGCCGCUAUUUACUACUCCACUCUGCUCUUCCAAAACGACUUGCACAUGACUGGCAAGCUUCCCUUGAUUCUAGGUGGUGUCUUUGCUACGGUUUACGCCCUGGCUACCAUCCCCUCCUUCUUCAUGGUUGAGCGGGUUGGUCGUCGCAAUCUCUUCAUGAUUGGUUUCGCUGGUCAGGGUCUUUCUUUCAUCAUCACCAUGGCCUGUCUGAUUGACCCCACCACCUCCAACGCGAAGGGUGCCGUUGUCGGCAUCUUCCUGUUUAUCUGCUUCUUCGCCUUUACUACGCUGCCUCUGCCCUGGAUCUACCCUCCCGAGAUCAACCCUCUCCGCACCCGUACCAUGGCUGCCUCGGCCUCGACCUGCACCAACUGGAUUUGCAAUUUCGCUGUCGUCAUGUUCACCCCGGUGUUUUCAUCCACCACAGGUUGGGGAAUUUACCUCUUCUUCGCCCUGAUUAACUUCAUCGCCUUGCCCUUCGCCUACUUCUUCUACCCCGAGACCGCUGGCCGUGAUCUGGAGGAGAUUGACAUUAUCUUCGCUAAGGCUCACAUCGAGGGCAAAUGGCCAUUCCAGGUUGCCCAGGAGCUGCCCAAGCUCACCCAGGAGCAGAUCGCCGAGAUGCAGCGCGAGCUGGGUCUGGACAUUCCCGGCCACCACGUUGAGCGUGACAGCGAGAAGGCCGACAUUGGCACGAGCAGCGAGAGUGAAGAGAAGAACAUUCACUCCGAGUAA